GUGCACAGUGUGUCUGUGCGCGGCGCAGGAGCAGGUGCGGGACACAGGUGCGAGACAGAGGACAGAGGACACGGGACAGAGGACACGGGACAGAGGACACGGGACAGAGGACACGGGACAGAGGACACGGGACAGAGGACACGGGACAGAGGACACGGGAGAAGAUGAACAAGCUCCACUCGUUCGCCGGAGUCACGGGGUUUUUCGCGCUCGUGGUUUUGGGGCUCAUUUACGUUUACAGAGACAGAGACUUCACUGGGUUGCCGUCGGAACUGAACAGACCACAGCCUGCGGUCAGUGCGGCGCUCUGUCCAGCAGGGGGCACCAGCGCGCCAGAGAGAGCGCACCGCUUCAGCCGCUGCGACGUAGGCGACCUCCUCAUGACCCCUGGGUUAAAAUACGAGCAGCCGAGCACUCUGAUUGGACGCACUGACGUAAACUCGGUCACAAACUGGAACGCGCCGCUGGUCUGGGAGGGGACCUUUGACCCCGUGAUCAUGGACGACAUCUAUAAACGAGAGGACCCGAGGAUCGCCGUGGUGGUUUUAGCCGUCGGGAAGUACACGCAGUUUUUAAAAGGAUUUCUGGAGACGGGAGAGAAGUAUUUCUUUGUUGGAUUCAGACUGACGUACUACAUCUACACAGACAAUAAGGAAAAUGUCCCACGGAUCGACAUGUCUCCGGGACAUAACGUGUCCAUAAAGGACGUGCCCAGUGCAAAGCGCUGGCAGGACGUGGUGCUGAGUAAAAUGAAGUGGGCCAUGGUUUCUAUUGAGGAGUGGCUCUACAAAGAGGCCGACUACGUGUUCAUGAUGGACGUGGACAGCGUUUUCCGUGGCCAUUUUGGAGCCGAGUCUCUGGGUCGACUGGUCGCUGUGCUCCACCGUGGAUACUACAGGGACACAAAGCGUCAUGACUUUCCGUAUGAACGGCGGCGUGAGUCGACGGCGUACAUCCCGGCGGAGGAAGGAGACUACUACUACACGGCGGCGGUGUGGGGCGGGCUCGUGGACGACAUGUACAAACUGGUCAAGAAGUGUCACGAAAACUCAGAGGAGGACGCUAAAAACGGACUGGAAGCGGUGUGGCAGGAGGAAAGUCACCUCAACAAAUACUUCCUGUACAACAAGCCGACCAAAGUCCUGUCUCCUGAAUACCUGUGGUCUGAUUACGAAGGGUGGAUCCCUAAAGACAUCAAGGUGGUCAGGAUCUCACAGCUCCUCAAAAACUACAAAGAAGUUCGGCCCAAUUGGUGACAACAGUUUGUCCAGACGGGCCAUGUACAUACACGGGACUAAACCCACUGCUUUUGUGCGUGUGGGCGGGUAUUUCUUACACCGUGGGAGCGAAAAUUUGUAUCACGACUGCAACGAUUGUUUUAGGGGUUGAGCCAACUAGUCAAAACGAUUAUUUCUAUUGUGGGUUUUGUCAGAAGAAUCGAAAACCAGAUGCUAAUCGAUACUAAAACUAAUAUUGAAGCUACAUAGCCAAAAGUAAAAUUUGUCAACUGCGCAAAAAGUGAAGACGUUUCGCUGCUCAUCCAAGACGCUUCUUCAGUUCUGUUAAACCGUUUUUCUCUCAGAUCUGACCCUCACUCUGGUCAAAGCAGUGGUCAGUGUGUUUGAGAUGCAGAUGAACAGCAGACUGUGGUCCUGAGCUGCUCUUGUGACGCUGUUGUGUCUCUUAUGGAGCGUCUGUUUCUCCAGUGUAAAAAUAGUUUGAGAGGGCGGAGUUAAAGACGCUAUUUUUGUUUGGAAAGACGAUCCUUCCUUGAACAGGAACGACGGCCUUAGACGACAUCUGUCCCCAUUUAACUGUAAACAAAAGCUGUUUCUAGUUUCAGUGUCGUUAGCUCCUCCUUCACAGAUAUAAGGCAGUGUCCAGCAGGAAUCUGAGCAGAUCUGAAGAAGAAACUGACCAGAACUAAAGAAGAAACUGACCAGAACUGAAGAAGAAUCUGAGCAGAACUGAAGAAGAAUCUGAGCAGAACUGAAGAAGAAUCUGAGCAGAACUGAAGAAGAAACUGACCAGAACUGAAGAAGAAUCUGACCAGAACUGAAGAAGAAUCUGACCAGAACUGAAGAAGAAACUGACCAGAACUGAAGAAGAAACUGAGCAGAACUGAAGAAGAAUCUGACCAGAACUGAAGAAUCUGAGCAGAACUGAAGAAGAAUCUGAGCAGAACUGAAGAAGAGACUUGGACGAGCAGAUAAACGUCUUCACUUUACAACGAUUUGUCCAGUGACAGAUUUUACUUUUGGCUUUAAUUGUGGAUCAGACCUGGACAGACAUUGAUUUUCGAUACUCGUUUUUUGCAGGUAUCGAUACUAAAAACGUCCCAUUGACAGGACAGAACUAAACCUUUCCUGAAUCAGAACAAGUACAAGACUCAGACGAGUGUAGAACCAAUGGACCAGUGUGAACCUACUGCACACUGAGGAUUACACACUUGGACCUGGUUUGGACCUGGUUUAGACCUGGUUUAGACCUGGUUUAGUCCUGGUUUAGUCCACAUGGGAAUAUAAAACAAAGUCCUCCCUUUUACUGUUGAAAAUCAGUCUAUUGUCUAAAGAAAGAGGGUUUUUUUUUUACUAUCCCGGUUUUGGGAUCAGUGUUGAAAUAGUCUGAAGUUGUUUUCUCUGGACAACAGUAAUAUUCAUGGUUAUAAUGAACAGGGACGGCUCGUACUGACCAGGACACGUUACAUCACAGACAAAAGCUCCCGUUUCUCUGGAUGUUCUGUAAACAUUUAAACAUUUAAAUUAUUAAAGUGUUUUUUC